ACCUCCUUCAACUUACACCACAAUGCAGUUCUCAACUCUUUUCGGAGCCGUAACCAUUCUUGCUGGACUGGCCUCGGCCGCGCCCGCAUCGGAGCAAUCCAUCAAGCGCCAAAACUGGCAGCAGUGCCCAAAAGCAGGCGACCGGUGCACAAACAUCUUGGGAGGAGUUGGCGGUUGCGUUUGCGGUCUCAAGCUUGACCCCAGAUACGACUGCGUUUGCGUCUAAUACACCUCUUUCACUACCAACAUUUGAGGAUUACGGAAUGACUAGCAGUAGCAUGGG